AGCAAAAAGCCAAGAGCUGUGGAAAAGGGCAGUUUGUCGCACGAUUUACGCAGCGCUCAGGUCGUGGAAACGUUGUGUGUAUGCAGUUGUUACAUUUCUUGUGCUAUGUCCUCGAUUCGCGUUGCAAUAAUUGUCCAGUUUGUGUGACUUGAAAUUGUAGCAAGCAAACAGCAAACUAGUGUCGAGACAGCGCUCAAUAGAGUCGGGAACGAGUGUGGAUUUGUGCAUGUGUGUGCGAGCAGUAGGUGUAUGCGUGUGUUUUUUUGUUAGUGCGUUGCUCUUCGUCCGGAUGUCGUCGUCGUACGCCAGGAAUGUGCGUUGAUGUACACCGUCGCUUGAGUUCUAUUGCGCUGGGAAGUAAUUGUGGUGAAAAAUCGUCGCCCUGCUCGCAGCAUAACGUGCACAACGGUAGCAGCAGCACCGUACACAGUCAACAACUAUUACCACUACAGCAUCAUCGGCUGCUAGGAUUGCGUACCAAAUUGUGGUGUUUGGUGCAGCGUUCGAAACCUCUAGCGACGCAGAUACGUCGGGGAAGGUGUAAAUUGGUGGAAAAAGCAACCAAGUGCAUCGUUUUUCUCCGCCUCGUGCAGUUGUGUACGGAGCAAAGAGUGUGUGUAAGCGUGCGUUGUGUGUGUAUCUCCCUUCAUCCUUGAUUUUGCGACGGAAGGAGCCUUCGCCGUGUAACCGUGAUUGUGUGCGUGCUGUGUGUAGGAGCACGCAGUGUCUGUUGUAUUGUUGGUGUUGUCUAGUGGUAAAGAGAUUUUCCAUCGGCACCUCUUCCACCAUACGUUCCGUGCCCAAGUGUCCGUAUGUGUGUGUGUAAGUGGGAAAUCUGUCGUGUGUAAGCGCAGGUCGCAAGGCACGAAAUAAUAGCAAGAAAAGAGUAAAAUAAACCGUCCAAACAGUAGCUAGAGUUGGUUGUGUGUAGUGCUAAAGGCCCACAAUUUCCCAACCGUCACGUGAAAAAGUACCUUCGAAGUCCAAGAUUCUAACUCAACAUUUUAAAUAUGUCGCUCAAAAUGCUCAACGGCAAUAGCAAUGAUGAGAACCGGCGGAAACUGGCCGUUUCGUCGAUGACGACGGCUGCCACCUUCCUGUUGGUGGUGUUGCUGGUCGCGAUCCCGUGGACAACAGUGGCCGCAACCGAGAAUGAUCAGAAUUCUAACAAUCGAAACUUAAAUCUCGACAGUAGUUCGUCCUUCGGUGCGGCACCAUCGAACCAAAAUGAUAUCUACAUUGACGAUGAAGGUCUGGAAGGUUCUGGAAGCCGCGGUGAAGUGCGUGACGAUUUAGAGAAAGAGGACGACGAAUCUUCUGGCUCCGGUUUCGGAGACGAUGACGAAGAUUCCACCUCGAGUCGAUCGUCGCUAUCGUCUUCGUCGUCGUCGGGCGGCAAUCUAAACGUACUGCGUGGUGGCAGCGAUAACCUGCCAGGUUCAGGUGAUCAUGAUGAUAAUGAUCUCUACACAGACACCAACCUAUCCAACGUUGAUCCAUCGACCACCGACGACGAAGAUAUGCCCAUUGGCAAGGAGAAAAAACCGACAAUCCUUUCGUCGCCACCUAUUUCCUCGUCAUCUGGUGGAGUUUACUCACGUGGUGGAGAUAUCAUUGAAACGGGGGAGAACGACCUCGAUCUUGCAGGACUGCCCCGGCAUCACAUAACGCCAACAGAAGGCAGCAACAACCAUCACGAUAACACUCAGUACGGUGCGGGCAGCGGCGUUUUGAUAAUGAAUGCCAAGAACGAUGACCGAACGGCCAGCUUCUUUGCACAGCCUGGCAUAUUGGCAGCUGUGAUCGGAGGGGCUGUCGUUGGUUUGCUAUGUGCAAUACUGGUGGUAAUGUUUAUCGUAUAUCGGAUGAGAAAAAAGGACGAAGGUUCGUAUGCACUGGAUGAACCGAAGCGAUCGCCGACAGCCAACACCUACGCCAAGAACGCGAACAACAGGGAAUUCUACGCCUGAGAUUACUCGAUAGACUCGAGUGACGGUGAUUUUUAAAAAUAAACAGCUACCUUUUCUCUAACGCAGCAACAUCCACAUAGCAAAAAACACUGUGCAUGCCAAUGGUUUAUGCGUACAGUGGAGACGUAGCAGAAGAAGAGGCAGACUUAAAAAUCGCCGAACAGCGCGAGAAAACAAACAUACACCUAGAAUUAGGGAGAAAGGACAGAGCGAAGCGAACGAAAAUAAGACGCCGAGAAGCAGAAGCCUACGCGAUGCCGCAGGACGACGUGUACGGUCCUAUAUGUAGCAAGCUCACUGAAGCUUCUAAAUAGAGGUGGUGUAUCGCAGUGCAUCGCAUACGGAAGGAUCUCUGUGAACACAACCGUAGCAUACGAGGGAAACAAGCAAAAGGGAUUGAUUGAUGAAUGUAAUGCAUAUAGGCGUGUACGCACAAACCUACAUGCACUACUCUAGGAAUUCAGUUAAUUUUCGGUAACCGGGUCCACCCACCAUGCAAUGGAAUCUUGUGAUGGGUGGGUGUGUUAUUCGUACUAAGAUAUGAUUUCAUUACGGGGAGCUUUUCGAUCAAGUUGUCGGUGGAGUGGUUGAUCCAUUCUGUUAGUCUAGUUCCGUUGCAAUUUCCCAGUUUUCUGUAGGUUUGUGCGUUAUGAGCGCGAGCAUCGGGGCUUAUGGAAAUUUCAUUUUAAAAAAUUGACCUAAGUUUUAAUAUGUUGGGCGUGUUAAACUGAAAAUAAGUCUCUCGAAUCGUUGAACGUAGAUAUUAUUGGGGCGGGAGAGGUUGUGUAUUGUGUUGUAUGUUCAAGUGCGGGACCAUUAUUGUCCUAGAUUGAGCAAUCUUACGCAAAGGUAUCUAUUUCUGGCAAGCACCUAUAAUGAUUAGUGGCAGCUUUUAUGGCAAACUAUUAACCUACGUUACAGGCAUUGUAUGAUGGUUUAGGUUAAACAUCUCUAUCUUUUGUUGAAUAAACAAUGCUAUGGUUUGUUUUUCUCUCCCUCACGACAGAGAUAGGAUCAGCUGUCCUCCUUUUCAAUCCAAAAUUAGUUUGCCAUUUCUAAACGUGCGUACGAAUAGCGUGUAACCUAAAAUGGGACACUGGGGAAUCGUUCGAUAAAUAUAUAAUCGAAAUUUCGGAUAACACA